AUGAAUCCUGAAAUAAAGGACACAAGAAGUCAACUAAAAUUCAUCGAUAGAAAAUUCAGGGAACAUUCUGACAUCAAUGUAAGAGGAGAAUUGAAUGAUGAUAAUUCAAACACAUCUAUUAAAUCUGAGAAGUUUAGCAUCCUGCAGCAGAUAGAAAAGAAAAAAAUGGAAUUGCAAGAGCUACUGUUGAUUCAAGAGAACGCAGAGAAACAGCUAAAGAUAGAUGAAGAAAGAAGAGUUAUAGAAUUAGAGAAGCAACGAAAGAUGUUGUAUAUGUUGACUGAAAGAGAAAGGGUAAUGGAUGAAAGAGAACAGAAACUUAAAGAUGAUGAGAGAGAAUUGUUAUUGAAGUUUGAAGAACUGAAACGGAUAAAGCAAGACGUUGUAAAAUCAGAAGAAGAACAGUUUGUUCAGUAUAAAGCAAUAGAAAGAGAUAUCAUCACUAAAAACGAAGCAUUACACAAGAGAGAAUCUGACCUUAGAAAAAAGGAAGAUAUUGUUAAAGAGCUUCAGCAGAAAUUAGUUCCAGAAGUAAAGAAAGAGACAAUUAUUCAGCAAACCCCGGAAAUUAGUCCAUUUUCUGGUGACGAAGCGAAACCUAAGAGUGAGGUCACAUUAAACGAAUGGAAAGCCGAGAUAAGAAGUUUAAUAGCUACAGCAUUGUACCCAGAAAAGAUAAUUACUCAGGCCGUUAGAAAAUCAUUGAAAGGUCAAGCCAAGAAAGUUCUGUUAAACUUAGAUCCAAAUGCUAGAGCUGAAGAAAUUAUAGAAAGGACAGAAGAUAUAUUUGGAGAUAUGUCUAGCAAACAGACAAUUUACACAGAGUUCUAUACUGCAUUACAGAAGCCAGACGAAUCUAUAGCAGAUUGGGGCUUACGACUUGAAGAGAUUUUAAUAAAAGCUUCUACCAAGAAGUCAAUAACACCAGAUGAGAGAAAUGAAAUGCUUAAAGAUAAAUUUUGGAGAUCAUUGUAUAGCAAGGAUAUCAAAAACGCAGUUAGAACAUCCUUUGAAAGCGGUGACAGUUUUGAAAUGCUCAGACGGAAAGCAAAGGCUGAGGAACACGAAACUAAAAUUAGUGCUAUAAAGGCUGAUAUAGCACUGCCUAAACAAGAAGAAACUGCAAAGGCGGCGGAUAAACAGACAGAACUUCUUGAAGCUAUGAUGAAGCAAAUGGCCGAAUUAAAUAAAAAGGUAGAAGACUAUAGAAAAGAAAAUGAAAGUAAGCCACAAGAUGAGCAUAGAAAUAGAAGAAUGGUGGGUACAAUAGAUGGAAUGGUCCAAGGGAUUUCAAUAGAUGAAUGGUUCGAGGAUUACAACAGAGGAGCAAACAGCUAUAGAAUCGAUUUGACGAUAGGAGUCAUAAAUUAA